GUGAUAGCUAGGACUAGUCACUUCUCCCAUCACCCAGUCCCCCUUCAUUUUGGUACAUACCUGCCUAGCCACUGAAAGGAUCCUGACAGAGAGGGAGGCUAGAAGUGUGCUUUUUAGACAGCAGGUCCUACAUGGUGUGCCUACGUCUCAGUAUACGUGAAGGGGAAACAGCAGGAGGGAUCAGGGUUAGAGCACAGAAGUCCAUAUCCUGACAGUCGAGUAUCCCGUUCUGAGAACCGGGCCUGAGUCCCACAGAGGAAGGGUGGACUGCAGCUGGGAAGACACCAAGGUCACACCGGGGCUGCGGAACUGCUGGGGGGAAGUUAUGAGGGACCCUGUGAGUAGCCAGUACAGCUCCUUUCUUUUCUGGAGGAUGCCCAUUCCCGAACUGGAUCUGUCGGAGCUGGAAAGCCUGGGUCUAUCAGAUACAGCCAUCUACAAGGUCAAGGACAGCAGCGUUGGCAACAUGACCGGGCAAGCAACCGAGACGGAGCAGGAGAAACACCCUGAAGGCGACGCCCUUCUUCAGUACAGCACCUUCAACUUCUGGAGGGCCCCGAUUGCCAGCGUCCACUCCUUCGAACUGGACUUGCUCUAAGCCCACGCCUCCUCUCCCGCCACGCCCGCAUGGUCUUCCCUUUCAAACCCCUUCCUGUCCAUCCUUUCCCCUAUCAGUCUUGCUUUCUUCCCUCUAUUGUGUUGAGGUGGUGCUGAUGAAUUUGCCAGAGCUGUGUCUUA